AUGCGAGAUUUGGGCAUAGAGAUGGAUUAUUUGCCCUUUAUUGAUGACGAGUCGGCGUUGGAGGAGUAUGAAGACGCUGUAGAGAAAUCCAUUCAAGAAGAAUUGCGAAAGAACGGGGAAGAGAUUCACCCAGAGGCCCGAGAUAUGAAAUUAGAGGAGCUACGAGCUUAUCCUGUCCAUUCCUUAUACUGCGAGACUUCGUACGACGGCGACAGACUGUUACAGCAAUACAAGCGAUCGAUUCCCCGUAUAGAUAUGGAAAGAUACUCGACAGACAGUCGGGGUGACGUCGACAUCCUAUGUGUGAUCGACAGCUACCUGCGACACCAGGAGCUUGUGCUGGAAAGACUGAUGCCACAAACGCUACUUAAUCAAUGGGCUAUCAAUAACGACUUCCUCGCCGCUAGCAGCGCGACGCUACAAAAGGUUAUCGACGACCAAGAAACAAACAUAUACAAUCUCAACUCCUACAGGAAGAACGUGCAACUGCAGAAUGCGCGUGUGUUCGCCGCGCUCGAGGAGCAGUGGAAGAAGAGCUUGAUAGACACACUCAAUGUAGAAUAA